CCUGCUUACUUCUUCUUUCCGUGCUAACGCACACUUGCGACGGCUUCAUGCCGCUCGCAAGGGGCGCCCCGCACAGGCUCCUGCAGCGUGCUCCAAGCCGCACACGGCCCGCAGGAAGGCAGACCCGCAAGAUGCCAAGGGGCCGCGCCGCACCACCUCACUCAAGGCCAACAUCCUUAGGUAUCCACCGCGACCAUGGCUAACCAGAUAGCCGUCGACAGCGAGUCGUCUUCCGAUCAAGGCUAUGCAGAGUCCACAAAUACUUCCUAUCUGUCUUCAAUAGCCUCAUCCGUCCUCCGAGGCGUCCAUGAGAAUGGCCGCACCUAUGCCUCGUAUGGCAAGACCCUGCAGGGCAUACCCAUAGAUGAGAAGGAACAAGAUCGUAACGACCUUCAGCACGCAAAGUUCUUACUCCUGCUCGGUGGAAAGCUUUACCUUGCACCCAUUGCGGAAGACCCUCAGAAGAUCCUCGACAUUGGGACUGGCUCCGGAAUCUGGGCAAUUGAUACGGCAGACAUGUUCCCAUCGGCUUCAGUGACUGGCGUAGACAUUGCACCCACCCAGCCCACCUGGGUACCGCCAAAUCUUCAGUUCGAAAUCGAGGAUAUCGAAGAGGAUUGGUUAUAUCGCAAGAAUAGCUUCGACUUCAUCUUCGGGCGGGAGCUUCUGAUGGCUAUUCGCGACUGGCCCCGAUUGAUUCAGCAGGCUUAUGAACACCUGAAGCCUGGAGGAUAUCUAGAGCUAGAGAUGACUUAUGCGAAGACCUGUUGCGAAGACGGCAGCCUGGAUCUCGAGACUUCUGCGUACGCCGAGUCGGCAAGACUUCUUUUCGAAUGUGGAAGGCGAAUGAAAGUACCUUGGGAUGUAUGUCUAGAGUGGAAGGAGCAGUUCAAAGCCGCGGGCUUUACGGACGUCACCGAAACUACCCUGCCGAUACCCAUUGGGCGCUGGCCGAAAGACAAAGAUCUCAAGAAAGUCGGCGUCUUCGAACUCGCCAACAUUGACCAGGGACUGGAUGCCUUCCUACUCCGUGGAUUCACUACGACGCUGCAAAGGUCGGAGGAUGAGCUAAGAAUCCUAACAGCGCUCGCACGGAAAGAGAUAUUCAAUCCGAAGUACCACUUGAACGUCAAUUUUAUGGUUGUUUAUGGAAGGAAGCCGGCCGCUCCGGCCUCAAACUAGUCCUUCUUUCUCUCGCCAAUCCCGGCUAAAAUGUCGCACGUUGCUAGGCUCAAUCGUGGAACUCAAACGAGGACGGCAGGUCUCCAUUAUUUCCUUCAUCCUACGGUCGCUUAAACUUUUGCAGACGGCUCAACAUAGUCAGUCUUUACUGUGCUGCGUACAAGCGAAUAAAUUUAUUAGCGCGUCUCACUAUUAGCUUCUUCAAACACAAUGGCUUGUCGCGGUGUACCGCUAUUUGCGCAUGAAUAAGUUCCAAGACUACCCCGCUCACGCUUGACCUUGACUGGCAGGUAGAACAUUUCCAAGCGCUUCACCAUAUCCCUGUAUUAAGAUAACAAAUGGGAGCUUGCCAUGAGGCUGUAUUGC